CCAAGUACUAUACCAAACCAAAUUCCAAUUCCAAACUCCAAACCAAGUCAGUCCUCUAUACAAUCAACAAUGGCACCGAAACGCUCAGCCCGCGAGUCCACUCCUUCCUCCUCCACCACAACAACCACACAAUUCAGCAGCCCCUCCGUCCCCAUCCCCAGCAAGAAAGCAGGCAACCAGAGCCCGCAGGAAAUCGCACUAGGCAUAUGGGAGAACUAUCUGGACAAGACACCGCAGCGGACGAAGCUGAUUGAUGUGUUCAUGAGCUUUUUGGUUGUAGUCGGCGUGCUGCAAUUUGUGUAUUGUGUUAUUGCUGGGAAUUACCCGUUCAAUGCUUUCCUCUCUGGCUUCUCGGCGACGGUGGGACAGUUUGUUUUGACAGCCUCGUUGCGGAUACAGACAAAUGCUGAGAAUAAGGCGGAGUUUGGGGAGGUUUCUCCUGAGAGGGCGUUUGCAGACUACGUUUUUGGCAGUUUGAUUCUACAUUUCUUCUGUGUCAACUUCAUCAACUAG